AUGGCUGAGAAGCAGAGAGAGCUGAAGGCCACCCUACAGAAGGAAACAGAACUCUGCCUCAAAUUAAAAGAAUCCGAAAAUAUGAAUCAGUUGCUUGAUUUGGAAAACGAAGAGUUCUGUAGGAUGAAUGAAGACCUUAGGAACGAUUUACUUGAUAAAGAGAAGGAAGUCGACCUUCUGAAAGAAUCCCUCAACCUUAAAACUAAGGAAUUGGAGGAAGGUCAAGACAAACGGGAAAUAAUGAAGAGACGAUUGGAGGGAACUGAAGAGGAUAACUCUUCUCUCCAAGAAAAACUGAGGCUCGCUGAAAAAGAGAACGUAAGUAUCCAGCAGGAUGUCCUGAUGAUGCAGGACGAAAAUCAAAAGCUCCAGUCACUUCUCAUGCAAGCAGAAUCUGUGGCCAUCUUGACAAAGGAAAUCUUAAACGCUGAGAAAACAAGUCAUGAGUUACUAGGAGACGAGCUUCAAGUCAUGAAGAACUGGGUGGCUGAACUAGGCGGAGAAAACGCCAAGAUGAAAGGAGAAUUAAAAGAAAAGACACUGGAUAUAAUGUUACUAGAAAAAUCAUUAGAAACUGAGAGACAAAAUAACAAUACUCUGCAGGAUGCUCUCCAUCGUCUGAAAGAAAUAGAGAACUUGCUGGAAGAAGCGAAGAAAAGAGAGAACGAGAAAGACGAGGAGGUCGAGAGGCUGCAGAAAGAUAAUGAAGUCUAUCGAGAACAAAUUGAAAAUAAAAAUGGAGAUGAAGCCUGGAAAAUAAAAACUGCGAAGGAGGCAGAAAGGCUAUUCAGAACGCUCAAGGAGCAGGUACAUAAAAACAGUCUCUUAGUUAAGGAGAAGGAAGACGUAGAGAUUGAAAUGAAAAGGCAAUAUCAGGAGAACCUGAGGCAAAAGAAAAGAGAAGCAGAGGAGCAGAAUGAACGGGAAAAGCAAAUCCAGGAUAACAUGGAAAGCGUCCUCCAUCAAAAACAGAGCCUGGAAUGCUUGCUGGAUUGUAAAGAAAAAGCUAUCAUCUCUUUGAAGAAGAAGGAGAGUGAAGCCCAGAUGGAAGUGCAGCGACUUCUCAAGGACUGCGAUAUGCUGAAAGAAAAGAUUCAGCUACAGGAGCAGAAUAGAAUGAGAGAAGAAAAGCGUCUCAGGAACAGCUAA